AUGGAGGAGGUCCCUGAUGCGAUCGACGAGGCUAAGGCAGAACUUGGAAUCGACAAGCACACUCGGGAUAUGUUCCCUGACGUGCUCAGGAUAGAGAUCACGGCCCCAAACGUCCCAAAUCUAACCUUGGUGGACCUCCCUGGUCUCUAUAACAACGAGAGCCAGCGCCAGUCGUUAGAAGGCAAGCGUGUCGCCUUUAAGCUGGCGGAAAAGUACAUGGGCCAAAAGAGAAGCAUCAUCCUGGCGGUCGUUUCUGCCGCCGGGAAUGUUGUCAUGGAUCAGGCCAUCACCUUAGCGAAGAAGAAGACGGUUGAUCCUACUUUGUCGCGGGUCCUUGGUAUCAUCACUCAGCUGGAUGUAAUUGACCGUAACCAGGCUGGUCCGUGGCAAAAUUACUCACCUGGGAAUAAGGGCAUCGGAACCCUGCAUAAGAAGCUGAUCAAAAUUUCACGAGAACAUAUUUCCGAAUCGUUGCCCCGGGUUGUUUUAGACAUCGAGGCUGCCAUCGCGCAAAGGGCUGUCGCUAUCGACUCGCUAGGGGCUUCGCGUAACGAUGUGUCGGAUGUCCAAUUUGACCACCAACCCCUUGGCACCGGGAACUUGCACGUUAGGAAGUUCCGCGCGUUUAUUCGUGAGAUAAACCGGGCAUUUAGCACAAUCAUGCUUUCUAAGGGACAUAAAUUCGCCAUCCAAUGGGAUAACGGGCAGUCUAUGGUGAGCGGAUACGAGUCCCCUCUACGACCCGAUAUCGACCCCCUCAUACGGCAAUACUAUGCAGAGCUCAAAGAUCCCGAGAGUAUUUCAGAGUCUGCGGUAAAGCAACGCUGGUCUUCUAAGAUCGAAAAGUUGGAAAGCGCGCUCAAAGAAGAAUCUGAAGAAGUGCGCAGGUUUAUAGACACGGGUAAGAGCAAGAGGGAAGCGAUACUAGACAACCCGGAAUACGGUCGAGAAUACGUCACGUACCUCAAAAGCGAACUUGCUAUGCGUGGCAAUUCUCUUACCAAAGAAAGUAGCGAUUUUGCACUCGAAAAGACCAUCGAUAACAUGAUAGUAUAUUAUGAGCAUCAUCGAACGAUUUUCAUAGAAAACUUGAUAAUUCUUGCUGCGGAGAAGCAACUAAUCCGCGAUAUUCCAACGAUUCUAGACUGGAAAUCAUUCGACCGGAUGGAUGAAUCUACUCUGAGGGCGCUCGCUGGAGAGGCGCCAGAGGUCCAAAGAGAAAGGGACCAAUUGAUUAUAGAGAAGGAGGAGCUCGAGAAGGGGCUUGAACUUUGCCAAAAAUACUUUAGACAGAGUCAAGGCUCCCACCACAUUACCCCGAAGGUGUUGGCUACCGGCACCGCUGAUUUCAAGUAUUUCUGGGAGCUACAGCCAGUGAAUAGGUCAAUAUCAGGGGAUGGGGAUACCUUCCCCGAUCAUACGCAGGGGAUUCAAACAUCUGGGACAUUUGAAGGAUCCGACCCCGUCAUCAACAUAUUCGACACAAAGGCCGUGAUAAACGCAACCACUAAGGAAUGGUUCCUCUACUGGCACCUCUUCAUAACUUAUAACUGCACUCCAGCUGCCGAGGGGGCAGACGAUACUAGUCCUACGCUCGCCGAGGAAAUACCUCGUGCUAUGGGUGCUUUUAACCUAUACUUCGAUGAUGAAGGGAAACUGCCAGAUAUUUACACCCCCUCUAGUAGCAAAGGCGAAGACACUAACUACUGGAGAAAUUGGACGCUGUAUGAAGAUGUUAAUGCCCUCUUGCAAUGUAACCGCCCACCUAAGAUCGUCAACCUUGCUAUCAGUCUCGCCGAAUUGAGCGACCCUAUUAAAAGGCUGGCGAGGGCCUUCGUUUCACAUCAAGAAGAGAACUUUGAUCCAAUAGCUAAAUGGAACCGAGAGGGUGGUUUCGGGGGAGACAUGAUAUAUGAGGUUGAUUUGCAAGUGGGACGGGCAGACACCGACAGAGAUGUCAGCACGCCUCAGCUCAUCACUUCGGCUCGGGACCUUUAG